AUGGCGGCUGCUUCCAUGAUGCAACAGCAACACGAUCAACAGCAGAUGCACCAGCUGCAACAGCCACAAUAUCAGGAAGAUCAGUUACAGCCACAACUGCAUCAGCAGCAGCAACCGCAUCCGCAGCCACCGGUACAGCAGCCACCGCUGCAGCAGCCACCGGUACAGCAGCCACCGGUACAGCAGCCACCGCAUCCGCAGCCACCGGUACAGCAGCCACCGGUACAGCAGCCACCGGUACAGCAGCCACCGCUGCAGCAGCCACCGGUACAGCAGCCACCGCUGCAGCAGCCACCGGUACAGCAGCCACCGAUACAGCAACCACCGGUACAGCAGCCACCGGUACAGCAGCAACUGGUACAGCAGCAACUGGUACAGCAGUCAACCCUGCAGCAGCCACCGUUGCAACAGCCACCGCUGCAACAGCCACCGCUGCAGCAUCCACCGGUACAGCAGAAACCGCUGUAUCAGCCAUUGCUGCGACAACCACCACUGCACCAGCCACCGCUGCAGCAGCCACCACUGCAGCAGCCACCACUGCAGCAACAACCGCAACAGAUGCUGUUGCAACAGUAUACAAUGUUGCAGGCACAGACUGCCCCUGACACUACCCCUAUGAUCCAACAAGGGCCACACCUACCUUCCCAUAAUUACGUCACUCCCAGAGAACCACCUUUUGUAAAACAAUAUCACCAGGUGCAGCAACCACUAUCGCAGCAGGUGCAACAGCAUCAGCAAGAGCAAUAUCAACAGAAUCAACAGCUACAACUGCAGCAGGAACAGCCGACACAGAUGCUAUUGCAACGCUAUGCGACGGUGGCGGCACAGAGUGACCCUGCAAUAUAUCCACAUAUGCAAUAUGGAUAUGAGUAUCAGAUUGGUUCUUCCCGCCAUCGAGAAGUUGUUGGAGAUCUGGAA